AGGGCGAAGAAGCGUUUCUGCUCACGUCCUUGAGAAGAAACUGACCCCUCUUGCAUCGCUCCCCAUCGGUCCUUGUUUCUGAUAUCUGGAGCUGCUGCUCCCGUUCGGGUGGUCAGACACUCCGCCUUCAGCAGCCCGAGCAACACCUGAUUUGGUGCAAUGAUGAUUCCCUUUACGUUCAUCAUUUGUCUGGGGUUUGUCUCUACGUCUCUGGCGGGUAAUGGAGAGCCGAGUGAUGGGAAGCAGCCGCUGAGUCAUGGCAUCUUUUCCUGGGCUAACUGCGGGAGUAAGAAGUACCCUGCUGUCCUCGAGGCUCUUUCAAUCCAACCAGAUCCAAUCAAUCUUCCUGGGGACCUUCAAGCCAGUGCAACAGGUUCCUCCAGCGUUACCCUUGAAGCACCUUUAAUGGUUAAUUUAACAGUGUACAAGGAAGAAGUUGGCGUCUGGAUUAAAGUUCCAUGUUUGCAGUAUAUUGGAAGCUGCAUUUACAAGGAUGUCUGUGCACUGCUCGAUAUGCUGAUCCCACCUGGGCAAAACUGCCCAGAACCUCUGUUUACAUACGGGCUCCCGUGUCACUGUCCUUUCAAAGCGGGUAAAUACUCUCUGCCAAACACUACCUUCAACAUCCCUUAUGUUGAAUUACCAUUUUGGAUGACCAGUGGGAACUACAGGGCCAUGGCAGUGCUGACCAGGGACCGGGAAGAGCUGGCAUGUAUCAAAGUCUCCUUUGCUCUAAAGGCCAAAUGAUCAGAUCAAUCAAGUGUAAUUUCUUCUCGUAAAGUUCUUGAAAACACAAAUCAAGAAAUCAUCCACACUGCUUUCUUAUUACUUCUAUCUGCCAAAUUUUGCAAGAACAAUAAGGUGUUUAAUUUAACGCAAACAGCAGGAAUUCUGCUGAUGCUGGAAAUUCAAACAACAUACAUCAAAGUUGCUGGUGAACGCAGCAGGCCAAGCAGCAUCUAUAGGAAGAGGUGCAGUCGACGUUUCAGGCCGAGAC